UCCUUCUUCAUAAAUCCCGCUACUUUGCUCCCAAACAAAACCAUUCCUGACGAUCGAGCUCCCUUUCGCCAUCGACGACGAGAGAGAGAGAGAGAGAGGGGAACGGAAACCUCCACUGAGAUCGAGAUCGUGCUCCGUUGAGGACGAGGAUGGGGAGCUACAAGUGCUGUAUAUGUUUCACUAGGAAGUUCCGGUGGAAGGAGGCGCAGCCGCCGGAAGAUGUGAAGGCUGCGUUCACGGCUUGUGCGGAGGGGGCCGGACAGGUGGGGCCGGAGCAGCUUCGGCGGUUUUUGGUGGAGUGGCAGAAGGAGACUGAUGCUACGGCUGCUGAUGCUGAGAGGAUUGUUGAGCAGGUGAGGCAGCUGCGGCAGAAGCAUGUUCUUGGGAGGGUUGCUCGGCCUUUGCUUAAUCUGGAGGACUUCCAUCACUUUCUCUUCUCUGAUGAACUCAAUCCUCCUGUCAUAUCCCAGAUUCACCAAGAUAUGAAGGCUCCACUAUCUCAUUAUUACGUCUAUACAGGCCAUAACUCAUACCUAACGGGAAACCAGUUAAGCAGUGACUGCAGUGAUGUCCCUAUAAUUAAAGCAUUGCAGAGAGGUGUAAGAGUAAUUGAACUAGAUAUUUGGCCAAACUCUUCAAAAGAUAAUAUUGAUGUUCUUCAUGGGAGGACAUUGACCUCUCCUGUGGAACUCAUCAAAUGCUUGAAGUCUAUCAAAGAAUAUGCCUUUGCAGCAUCUGAAUAUCCUGUUAUUAUUACUCUAGAGGAUCACCUUACUCCUGAUCUUCAGGCUAAAGUUGCUGAGUUGGUCACUCAAACAUUUGGAGACAUGUUGUAUUACCCCGACUGUGAAACCCUUGAAGAGUUCCCUUCACCGGAAUCUCUAAAGAGGAGAGUUAUUCUAUCAACUAAACCACCAAAAGAGUACCUUGAAUCUAAGAGUUACAAGAAUGGGUCUUUAAAUGCGAAGGAUUCAAAUGAAGAAGAAGCAUGGGGUAAAGAGAUCCCAGAUUUUAAAACUGAAAUUGAUGAAUCUGUAAAGAGUGAUGCUGACCUAAAUGAAAAUGAUGGUGAAGACGCUGAUGAUUCUGGUGAAGAUGACGAGGACCAGAAAUUGCCCCAGAAUGCUGCUCCUGAGUACAAGCGCCUCAUCACAAUUAGGGCUGGAAAACCCAAGGGUCAUUUGAAAGAUUCACUAAAGGUGGAUCCUGAUAAAGUGAGGCGUCUUAGUCUGAGUGAGCAAGAGCUUGUGAAGGCUGCUGUAUCUCAUGGAGCUGAACUUGUGAGGUUUACUCAGAAGAAUCUUCUGAGGAUUUAUCCAAAGGGUACACGCUUUAACUCCUCAAACUACAACCCCUUCAUUGGAUGGAUGCACGGAGCUCAGAUGGUUGCGUUUAAUAUGCAGGGAUACGGUAGGUCGUUGUGGUUGAUGCAUGGAUUUUAUAGAGCUAACGGUGGCUGUGGUUACGUCAAGAAACCUGAUUUCUUGAUGUCGACUGGACCACAUGGUGAGGUUUUUGACCCUAAAGUGAAGUUACCUGUGAAAAAAACAUUAAAGGUCAAAGUAUACAUGGGAGAUGGAUGGCGCAUUGAUUUCAAACAGACACACUUUGAUGCAUACUCCCCUCCAGACUUCUAUACAAAGGUGGGGAUCGCCGGAGUUCCAGCUGAUAGCAUAAUGAAGAAAACACGGACGAUAGAGGAUGAUUGGACACCUGUUUGGAGUGAGGAGUUUAUGUUCCCCUUGACUGUUCCUGAGAUCGCAUUGCUUCGUGUUGAAGUUCAUGAAUAUGAUAUGUCAGAGAAAGAUGACUUCGGGGGCCAAACCUGUUUGCCUGUGUCGGAGCUAAGGCCGGGCAUCAGAGCUGUGCCAUUGUUCGACCGCAAAGGAAAUAAGUACAACUCUGUUAAACUUCUCAUGCAGUUCGAAUUCAUCUGAGAUUUACUUUCAUGUUUCAUUGAACCCUCCAUUACCAGGGAAAUGCAGUUUUUCUGUGAAUAUUUUCUUUGUUCUUUCUGCCUUCUUGACUUCCUGAUACCUUUUAUAUGGAGUGAGGAGAUAUGCUAAAGCAGUUUGUUGAUGGAGUUGUAUUAUGAUGUAAAUUAAUAUUUUGCUUGUUUGUAUAUCUUGGUGCUGAACUUUUAAUAA